UCCACUCGUCACACGGGCUCACAUAAAAAGCUGCCCAUUGUCUUCAGCAGCCGCUGUUUGACUCUCCACACCUCUGCAGUCACCCAUUCACAGUGUGAGGAGCCUGACAGACUCAGCGCGAUGAAUCCCAAAGGGGAUAAGCCGAAGUCGAAGAUUUCGGCUUCUCGCAAGCUCUCCCUCAAGAUGCUUCUCCUCACAAGAGCCUGUGAGGAUUUGGAGAGGGAAAGGCAGGAGAGAGAGGAAGAAAAAGUACGGUAUCUAGGAGAGAAGUUGCCCCCUUUGCAACUGUCUGGACUGUCACCGGAUGAGUUACAAAAUCUAUGCAAGCAGCUUCAUUCAAAAAUUGAUGUUGUGGAUGAGGAGAGAUAUGACUGUGAAUCCAAAGUGAGCAAGCACAACAAAGAUAUCCAUGAGCUGAAACUGAAGGUACAGGACCUUGGAGGCAAGUUCAAAAAGCCUGCCCUGAGAAAGGUGAGGGUGUCAGCAGAUGAGAUGAUGAGAGCUCUUCUGGGCUCCAAACACAAGGGCUCAAUGGACCUCAGAGCCAACCUCAAGUCUGUGAAGAAGGAGGAUGUCAAACAGGACAAGGUGCUUACUAGUGAAGUGGGUGACUGGCGUAAGAAUGUGGAGGCCAUGUCCGGCAUGGAGGGCCGCAAGAAGAUGUUCGAUACAGGCGGCGGAGGACAGUGAGACACUGAUGAGUUAAAAGCAGGAAAAAGAAACUGGCUAGACAGAAAUAUAGAAUAAUGAUCUCAGCGCUAAUUGACUUAGGAAUUAAGCAUAAAGGUCAAAAGCAUGUACAACCCCCAGUUCAUCAGCUGUGCCUCCAUUUGCUUGGUGGCUGUUUCCUAAGCAAUAACUCAAAGCACUUAAAGUGUACGAUGAGUAGAGACCCGGAGUUUUUUAUUACCAUUUUUGUUUUGUUAUGACAUCUUUAGAAAAUUAAAGUGGAUCCGAAUAAACAUAUAUUGUUUCAGUC